AGCAGAACGUACGUGGUGGUUGGCCGUCGGCUGGAGUCUUUGAGGUGUGUUCAAGUGCAACUUUUUGGCCAAGACAAGAGGCGAGGCCACAGGAGGCACUUUCGUCCCUGCUCGUUUUUUGCCGUCUCCUUGGUGUGUCAGGGUCUUUAUUUACGAUAAGUAAUGGUGGACUCAACUCCUCAAAUACAGCAGACCUAUCAAAAUAUGAGGAUCAAUGUAUGCCUCUGGAGUCCGUUUAGCGUUUUGCAUGGCUCCCUGGCAAUAAUAAAGAUGCAAAACUGGUCAGACUUUCCGAAGAUAGAUAUUAAAUAUUAAAAAUUAUAUUAUUAAAGUAGCAAUAAUGAUAAAAAGCAGCAGAGACAUUUUUAAAAUGUACCUCUUUUCAGUCCCAUUUUUAUUCAUAAUGUAGAAUAUUUUGUAUUUAGAGUAACAUGAGGGCAUAGGGUAGGCAAUAUGGGCGGUCACCUAUGGGCGCCACGCUCUCCAGGGGGAGCCGGCGAGAGCCCUGAAUGCUUUGAUGGAAACCAACUACCUUCUACCGUCUGUUAACGUCCUCUCUCUUCUCCUUAAGUUCCGCUUUAUUCAGGCUCUUAGUCUCUGUUUUUUUUUCUUUUUCUCUCUCUCUCUCUUGCUCGCUUCACCAGUCACUCACACAACUUUGCCUUGCCUUCACCACAACUCUGGGAUUUUGAAAAUUAAAAAAAAAAAACAGAGAACCGAAAGAGACCAAGAACUUUGAGUUUUCUGUUUACACAAGUCUUUACACAACUCUGGUCACCCAGAGUCGACCCCAGAAAUCCAAAACACAUUCAACUUCUUCCUCAAAGUAUUGUUGUCGAUCAUGAAAUGUUUUUUUUUUCUGCAGUGUUGUGAGUAAACAUUCAUGUUAGAGCACGUUUAGGCUGGGAGGACCUUUCAGCGCAAUGGAUGACCGACAGAGACUCUGCAAUCAUCGGCUACGGCCCACAGCAGCCUGUGAUAUAUCUGAAUGUACAUUAUAUUUUUUAUUGAUCAAUGCAUCAAAAUUUCAGGUGACCCCAUGUGGUUGGGAAAGCCUGCCAUAUGUUAUACCCACUUCUAAAUAAUAACUGACUACUCGUGUAGGAGCAGCAGAUUAACUAAAUAAUAUGUUGUGUCUGGGCAGGUGUUCCAACAAGAAGGGGAAACUGUUUUUUGAAAGCUAAGCAGUUGCUGCAAGAGUUACAAGGGGGUGUUUUUUUGGUGGAAAUGUGGACAUGUGAAAGUCAAUAAAUGUAAAAUAAAUGAAUGGCAUGUUCAACAAUGCAAUAUGACUCUGACUUUCAUUCAUCCAACAAGCUAACGUUUAGCGCCUCAAUGAGUAAAUCCAGGUGCAGCGCCUCUGUGGCUUUAAACACUGCACUGGCUCCCUGUGGCUAUACUGUAGGAUUAACUUUAAAAUUCUCACCCUCACCCUCAGAGCCAUUCACGGUCAGGCCCCGUAUACACCCACCUGUUCCCUCAGGUCAAACACCCUGAACCCACUGUCUGUCCCACACACACAUUUUAAGAGAGGUGGUGAUGGCCAUAGCACCAAUACUUUGGAAUUCCCUAACCCAUCUCGCUACGUCUUUCUGACUCUGUCUUUUAAGAAGCAGUUGAAAGUGUUUAUGUUUAGACAGGGUAAUCAGGUCCACCCAGUCUGCCUACUCAUCUAUGUUUUAUUAUGCCAAUUAUUGUUCCUGCUUACAGCAGGAUCUUGUAAUGUUGUCCAUGACGCACUCAUUUGUUCUUGUUUUUAUUGCGGAAGUUGAGUGUUGAUGUGCAAAUACAAAUGUCACAGUAAUGUGAAGAGAGUUGCUAAACUAUUGAGACGGAGAACAGGUUUUGGUGCGUUUACUGACAUCUGUAAACUUUAAAUCAUGGUAUGUAAAAGCUAAUGUGGUAGGCUAACUAGUAUUCAGGCCACUCAUUAAGAAAAUAUUACAACAACAAAAAGUAAUAAAUAUGAAUCCUGAAACAUGUUUUUUUUCCCCGUUGUUAACGUGAAUGAGAUACGUAAAAAACUAAAAGUCUAAAAAAGCUAAAAGGUUGGACAGCUGUAGUUAACGAGCUUACCCUGAAUGCACCACCAAGACGAUAGAGGCAUACAAAACAGCUGAUUCGGCAUGGGCUUAAUAUUGACUUUUAAAGACGAGGGGGGGAGAGGUUUGAGUUAAACAUGUGUGUCAUCGCAGUGUUUGUCCUGUUGGCGACAGGACUGACGGUAACCGCCGAGACGCAUUCCCUCAUGUACACCUAUACUGCCUUCUCCAAAUCUGUCGGGCUCCCGGGCUUCUACACCUUCACGGCCAUGGGUCUGCUCGAUGACAUUAUCAUAGACUACUACGACAGUAAGAGUCAGAAGAAGGUUCCCAAACAAGACUGCAUGAACAAGGCACUGCCUCAACCUUACUGGGUCGAGGGCACAAAGGCCCGCCAGGCCAAGCAGAAGUGGUUCAAAAGAAACAUCAAGAUUAUGAUGGCUCGGAUGAAGCAGAACAGCUCAGACAUCCAUGUGCUGCAGUGGAGGCACGGCUGUGAGGCUGAAAAGCAGCCGGGAAACAGCAGCCUGCAGUUCACACGUGGCAUUGACAUGUACAGCUACGAUGGAAAGGACUUCAUUUCCUUCGACGCCACCAACAAAGUCUGGGUCGCAUCAAGUGUGGUGGCAGAACAGACCAAGAGGAAGUGGGAUAACGAGGAGCUGAUACAUUACACCAUCAGCUACCUGCAGAAUAAUUGCAUCCAAUGGCUCAGUGCGUUCGUGAAAUGCAGGAAAAAGCAGCUUGUUCAAGCCGCGCCGCCAAAAGUUCUCAUGUUUGCAAAGAACUCCAAAGUCAAGAAGAACGUCGUUUUGACCUGCCUGGCGACAGGUUUCUUACCCAAAUAUAUCGAGCUGAAGAUCAAGAACGAGGGUCGUGUUCUAAACGGAGCCGACAGAGUGGUUUCUACAGGCCCCCUUCCCAACGGCGAUGACACCUUCCAGAGGAGGGAUGACAUCGAGAUCUUCAGGGAUGACUUAGCGACGUACACCUGUGAGGUGUCUCACUCAGAAUCAAACUUACAUAUUAAUAGCACCUGGGAUAAACCUGAAGAGUCUGGAAAUCUACAAGUGAUUGGCUGGGUAUCCGGGGGUCUGCUCAUGUUGGCCGUGCUCAUGUUGGCCGUGCUCGUGCUGCUCGUCUUCUUGUGUAAAAGAAGAAAUUGCGUUUUCAUUAACAUUGUCUUCUCUAGACAACAAGAUUCCAGUGAAGAUGUUUUGUAAUAUAAACAGAACAUUUAAAUCUAUUUUUGGACACAGCUUUUCUAGAAGUACAGCGUGCUCUGCUGUGUGUUUGUACGAGCUGUAACGUUAUGACUCACUCCUCUCAGCUGUAAGCCAGAAGGACGUCUGUAUGAAGUCACUCCCAUCAACCCCCCUGUCCUCCCCAGACGUGCUGCUUGUAAAACAGGCACCUGCUUGGGGGGCCCCAGGCCAAACUUUAAACCACAGCAGUGGCUCAAAAUGUGCACGGUUUGCAAUGACAAUAGGAAACCUCCCUGUUGGAGCCAUGGAUGGAUAUAAUUGUCUUUGUGGUAUUUCUUUAAGGUUAAGGUAGUCUGUUAUAUAUUAGUAUUUUGGGUUAUUAAUUAUAUUAUUAUAUCAUUUAUUAGGAUUAUAUUGAGUAGGGGGAUGUCGGGUCACAUGGGUAUGGGUGGAGAUGUGUUGAUUUUUUGUUCUCAGUGGAAGAGAGGGGGUGAGCUAGGUUGCUGUAUUUUUUGUUGACCACUAUUGUUUCUAGUUCACUGUGAUUAUGAGUUAA